GGUGUGGCUCGAGCUGGUAGGGGCACGGCGACGUUCAUCCGUGAUGGGGACAAUUUGCGCGUAGCGACGAUGUCGGUGCUGGGGUCGGCAAUGCAGUCAACGCUGACAGACGUGGCGAUGGAGUGGGAUGUGAAGGUGAAUGGGAAGGCUGCAGACAUCCUUACUAUCCCCUCACAGCUGCCACCGCUCUUCUCGGGUGUGUUUAUGACGGCGUUUGGUCUCAUCCAAGCAGAUGAUGAGCGGAAGGAGGCGCAUGUGGAGGGUACGUUGAAGUUGAGCUACAAGGUGGAGGGUAGGACGCACUCGCAGGAGACGACGGUUCGAUGUUUGCCUGUGAAGGAGGAGGAGGAGGAGGAGGAGGAGGAUGCGGUGGUGAACUUGGGAUUGCACAGACUGGCUGCGAAGGCGCAACUGUUGGAGCUGGUGGACAAGCAUGCUGCGCUGCAAGGUGAUGAGGGUGAGAAGGUGGAGGGGAGUGGCGAAUCGGAGGUUCGUCAGCAGAUUGUCGACAUCUCGACCAACACCAACGUGAUUUCACCCUUCACCUGCUUCGUCUGUGUCGACCCGGACAAAAUAGGUGAGGUGGGAUGCGUGAAGUAG